CUCUCUCUCUCUCUCUGAGCUUCGCGUUUCUCUCUCUCUCUCUCCUAUUCUUGACCGCGCAAUGGCGAAGGGCGGGCUGAGGAAGCUCAAGUGCAUGAUCAGGCGGUGGAACUCGUCGAGCCGGAUCUCGCGCGCGCCGUCUGGGUGCUCCGCGCGCUCGCACGACGACGCCGGCUUCGGCGAGGAGUCGUGGAGGCGGGGCGUUGCCUCGUCGGCCGUUGCAGGCGGCGGGAGGGGGUCGGCGUCGUUCCACGGCGCCGACGGUGUUCCCCCGGGCCUCCACCCGGUGUACGUCGGCAAGUCGCGUCGCCGCUACCUCAUCGCCGCGGACCUCGUCGGGCACCCCCUGUUCCAGAACCUCAUCGACCGCUCCGGGGGUGGCGUGGGCGGCACCGUCGUGGGCUGCGAGGUUGUGCUGUUCGAGCACCUCCUCUGGAUGCUCGAGAACGCCGACCCGCAGCCGGAGUCACUCGACGAGCUCGUCGAGUACUACGCGUGCUGACCGACCGCGCGCCUGCUUACGGCAGUGUCCACGAUGCCGGCCGCAGCGCUGAGGCCGAGCUCGCCGGAGCUGGAGGCUUCUAGAAAGGGGUAAUUUGGGUAAUAUGGUUCUUUGUUUAAGGUUAGGGGUAGAGUUGUAAUAUACGCCGAGGUGCGAAGUCGAGGAGUAAGAGAAGCGGAGAUUUAUUAGUUAACCUUGGUGUGUUUGUGGUAAUUAACCUUGAGGUUAGCCGUGUAAUUACCGUGCGCCCAAGAUGAUGCUCUCUCGGGGCAGUUGCCAGUUAGCUACUUCUCUAAUGCUCAAUGUAAUAGUUUUCUUGCUUCUUCUUCUUUUCAUGUUUCUGUUGAAGAGAAUUAAAUAAGAUUUAGGUAUCAAAUUGUAUCCUUGUACAUUUCAUCAAUGU